AUGUCCACCUCGACGGCCCACGCCAGUGUCCUCACCCCCUCCGAGGAGAUCCCCGCCAAUGCGGUCCACGUCAAGGGCCCCGACUUUGAGAAGCCCGUCGACCUGACCGAUCUCCUGAAGUCAUACGAGACCAUCGGCUUCCAGGCCACUGGUAUGGCCCGUGCUAUCCAGAUUGUGGAAGAGAUGCGCAAGCAGCGUGAGAACACCGAGGAGCCCCUCACCCUCUUCCUUGGCUACACCUCGAACCUCAUCUCGUCCGGCCUCCGCGAGAUCAUCCUCUUCCUUGCCAAGAACAAGCUCAUCGACGCCCUUGUGACCACCGCUGGCGGUGUCGAGGAGGACUUUGUCAAGUGCCUUGGCUCCACCAUUCUUGGCGAGUUCCACCUCGACGGUGCCGGUCUCCGCAAGAAGGGUCUCAACCGUAUCGGCAACCUCCUGGUUCCCAACUCGAACUACUGUUCGUUUGAGGACUGGGUCAUGCCCAUCCUUGACGAGAUGGUCAAGGAGCAGGAGGGUCCCGAGAAGGAGCACUGGACUCCUAGCAAGGUUAUCAACCGUCUCGGCAAGGAGAUCAACAACGAGGAGAGCGUCUACUACUGGUGUUGGAAGAACGACAUUCCCGUGUUCUGCCCCGCCCUUACCGACGGCUCGCUCGGCGACAUGAUGUACUUCCACUCGUACAAGGCGGACCCGGCUCUCAACGUUGACAUUGUCGGCGACAUCCGCCGUCUCAACGACAUGAGCGUCAAGGCCAAGCAGGCUGGUAUGAUUGUCCUCGGUGGUGGUGUGUGCAAGCACCAGAUCGCCAACGCCAUGCUUUUCCGCAACGGUGCCGACUACGCUGUCUACAUCAACACCGGCCAGGAGUACGAUGGUUCGGACUCUGGCGCUCGUCCUGACGAGGCCGUCUCGUGGGGCAAGAUUCGUGCCAACGCACAGAGCGUCAAGGUGUACGCGGACGCGACACUCGUCUUCCCGCUCGUCGUUGCCGCCACCUUCGGUAAAGCCCACUGGGCCAAGCAGGCCGAGCAGGACAAGACCCAGGCUUGA